AUGGCGACGUACGGCGACGAGCCAGUCGACAGUUAUUUCUACUCCUCUUACGGGCCCUACGCGGGCCGGUACCCGCGGCCCAAGGACGCCGGGUGGAAGUACCGGAGCUACCUGUCCCACUGCGGGGACGCCGCGGACGCCUUCAACAACCACCAGCGCGCGCAGCUCAAGUCCAUCUUGUCUCAGAUCAACCCCAAACUCACCCCGAGGCUCCGGAAGGCCAACACCAAGGACGUGGCGGUGCAGGUGAACCCGCGCAGGGACGCCUCGGUGCAGUGCUCCAUCGGCCCGCGGACCCUGCUGGCCUGGAAGCGGGACUCCGGGCGCAGGAGGCGGCAGGAGCCCGCCGCGACGCACGGGGGAGGCGGCGGCGGAGGCGGCGGCGGAGGCGGCAGCCCCAAGGCGCCGGCCGCGAUGCGGUACCCGCGCACCCUCGCGGUGUAUUCACCCAUCGCCUACAGAAGCGUCACCUCCUUCCUGGUCGACGAAAACAACAACGACGACGACAACAACAACAACAACAUCAACAACAACCCCAAAAUUAAAGAGGCCUCGUGCGGUGACGCGCAGGCCGGAGAGCCGCCCGGUGACCCGCCGGAUUCCGCGGGGAGACGCGCCGGGAAGAAGCACGUCGGCGACCGGGCGGGUGAGGACGGAAAGACCCCGAAGCUCCAGGAGCAGCGCGAGGACACCGGAUGUGAGCACGAGGACACCGAAGAGCUGCUGCUCGCUGCGGAGGGGUCAAAGGGCAAGGCGCGCGUGCGGUUCCAGUUCCUAGAGCAGAAGUACGGAUAUUAUCACUGCAGAGAAUGCAACCUGCGAUGGGAGAGUGCCUACGUGUGGUGCGUUCAGGGCACCAACAAGGUUUACUUCAAACAGUUUUGUAGAAAAUGCCAAAAGGACUUCAACCCGUACCGCGUGGAGGACAUCACGUGUCACACCUGCAACAAAGCGCGCUGCUCGUGCGCCAUGACGCAGCGGCACGUGGACCCCAAGCGGCCGCACCGACAGGACCUGUGCGGCCGCUGCAGAGGCAAGCGGCUCUCCUGCGAGAGCACGUUCAGCUUCAAGUACAUCAUCUAGCGCGCAUGCGCGCGUCUCCAAGACCAACUCACUGUUUGCGACAAACAAACAAAAACAAAUAUUUGAUGUUUCAAAACUUUAUUUCA